CCCCACUCUUCCCUCCCUCCUUACUCUGCCUCCUCCCUCCUACGUCAAUUCCACUCCCCUGGACCGUGACCGUCACUAGCGCCACCUCACGACCAUCACCACAACCAGCCACUGAUCAGUUCGUCUUCGUCGUGUGAACUACAAGACGUGUUGAUCGUCUCCAGAAGCUCGGUGAUACACCAGGUAACUCGUCCCCUCGUCGUACAGAGUGAAGGAACGUGACCAUGGAGGGGCUGGGACAGGUGCCGGAGGAUAUGAUCUUCUCCUUCUCCGACCUGACGCAGAUUAUGGUGGACAGGGUGACCAACUCCCUCAGACAGUCACAACCUGCAGGAGAUCCCAGAUUCAUCAUCCCCUUCUUCAGUAGUUCCGGAGGUUGUAACGAUGCCUUCUCCGGGUUCGGGUUUUUGGCCUUCCUGCUGGCGCUACUUGACCUCAUCCUGGAGCUACAGAAUAAUACAGGCACCAGGAGGAGGCGGGAGGCAGGGGACUGGAGCGGCGGCGAGGACCUCUUGUCUCUACACCUGGAGGACCCCAGGAGCCACAGGGCGGCGGCGGCGUGCUACAGUAUGUACCGGGGAUUCCUCAACGCCCUGUCCACUACUGACGGGGACUGUGCCAAGAGGUUCCUAUGUGAGGGGGCAGAGGAAGCGGCCUCCACGGGUAAACUCGGCCAGAUGAUCGCUAAUGUUGCCAGUGUCAACGCAGCGACGUGGUUGACGAGGGAGAACGCCACCCGGUACAAGGGCACGGCGGACGCUGGCCUGGCUGGGGCGGCGGGUGCGAUAUGUGCCGUGAGGUUCUCCCAAUGCUUCAGUCUCCCCUCCAACUACCAGUACCCCAUAGUGUAUACCGGCGACCCUCUCACUGACUACCGGACUCCAGGCAUCCACGAUGACCUCUGACUCCCUCCUGCUAUGACCUACCCUAUCCCCUGUCCCUCUGCUAUGACCUCUGACCUCUUGCCAUUAUUUACCCUGACCUUUUACCCUCUAUAACCUCUGACACGCAUCAACCUCCCAGAACGAACAUUUAAUCUACACAAGUUCGCCAAUCUUAUCACACACACGUUACACAUAGUAAUAUUUUAUGUAUAACAGAAACACAAAAUAUAAAUUGUGAAUUAUUUAUGAAUCAAUAGUAAUAAAC